AUGAAUGAAUCAUUUAUACUGUCCGAGUUCGACAGGCUUGUCAAUUCUGGUACUGUCAUAUACAAUGACAAGGAAGAUAUAAUUGAAUAUAUGGAUGGAGGUCUCAAGUUCCAAUUCUUGCUUACCUCUGCCCUGGCCAACAAGCCAACCAUUCCGUUGAAUCCAUCAGUGGCACAUAAAAUCGACGAGCGGGAUCAAAAGCGGGACGGAAGCGAUAUCAGUACUCAGGGCUUUGAAAUUGGUGAAAUUAGCACCUCCCACACUUUGGUCGCCAACAAGUUCUGCUGGGCAAGGCCACACCUCAUGCUCCUAACCUCUGACGGCUAUCGGAGGCAAUAUGAGGGCCUCGAUCUCAACGAUAUCAAAUCGGUGUGGCUCCUUUUGUCAACCCUAGACACAGACUACGUGGCCUUUUACAACUGUGGGCAAGAUGGAGGAUGUAGCCGAUUGCAUAAGCACCUGCAGCUUAUCCCAACUCCUCCAAAGCUGUUUUCGUCCUUCCUUGACUCAAAAGAUAGUCAGCCACCUCGAGUUCCGUUUGAAUGGUUCUAUCGUCGCCUGAAUCCCCAUGAGUCAACGCCAGAACGCUUGCUAGAGAUCUAUAAUCAUCUUCUGGAGCAGUCAACCAACAAGGGGAGGGGCCUCUCUACGAACUUUCGCAACGCCCCACCUAACGCUGCGUGUCCGCACAAUUUCAUUCUCACAAAACGUUGGAUGGUCGUCCUCCCCAGGCAACGCGCUGCUAUCAAUCAAGAAGCUGGGGUCAAUGCAAUCGGCAUGCUGGGGCGUAUAGUCGUUGCCACCCAGAACGAGAUCGAUAACUGGAUACGGUUGGGGCCAACUAAUGCUCUACGGGAACUUGGAGUGGCCAGGCAAGAGGCCUUGUAA